AUGGCGCAGUGCGCGAGGGCCGAGCACAGCAGCAGCGAGGGCUGGCUGGUGUUGGACCGCUUCCACUUCCCGGACGGCAGCACCCCCGUGGAGGUCACAUUUGGCUGCGGCAUGCGCGAGACAGGGGAGAUUUACCGCCAGGCGGCGGACGGCAUCCUGGGCAUGGGCAACAAUGCUAAUGCACUGCACAGCCAGCUGGCGCGUGCCGGCAUAACUUCUCGCGUUUUUUCCCUGUGCUUCGGCUUUCCUGCCGGCGGCACUCUGCUGCUUGGAGACGUGGGGUUGCCGCCCUCAGUGGGGCCCCUCUCCUUUACGCCGCUGCUGGCCAGCCCCACCCCAUACUACGUCGUGCGGUUGGAGCAGCUCAGCAUUGGGGGCGCCUCCCUUAACCUGGAGCCGGCCAUAUUUGCCAAGGGCUACGGCACCGUGCUGGACAGCGGCACCACGUUCUCCUACCUGCCCACAGCAGCGUUCGCGGCAUUCACCGCCGCCCUCGACGCUGCCAUCGUUGGCCGCGGGAUGCGCAAGGGCAGCGGGCCAGACCCGGCGUACCCUGAUGUGUGCUACAGCGGAGCCCCCGAGAAGUUUGAGGACGCCGCCAAGAUGUUUCCCACGGCUUCCUUGCGCUUUGCCGGUGGCGCCGUGCUAUCCCUGCCGCCACACCGCUACCUCUUUUUGAUGGGCCGCGGAGAGUACUGCCUGGGGGUGUUUGACAACGGCCAGUCCGGGACGCUAAUCGGCGGCAUUGCAGUGCGCAAUGCUCUCGUGCUGUAUGACCUGGAGCGCCAGCGCAUUGGCUUUGCAGAGGCCGACUGCCCCAACCUCGGGUCAGCCGUGGCGGCAGCAGCGGCUGCAGAGCCGGUCAGCCCGGGUUGCAGGGACACACAUUGA